AUGGAGCCAUUGAAAGAAGACGAAGAGUACAGUUUCAGGGAAGUGGUGUUGCCGUCGCUGAUUCCGGUGGUGGCAGAGCCGGAGCUAGAGAGGGAAACCGGAGAGAGAAGAAGAGGAAGAGAUGUAAUCGUAGCCGUUGAUCAUGGUCCCAAUAGCAAACACGCCUUCGAUUGGGCUCUCGUUCAUUUCUGUCGCCUCGCAGAUACGCUUCACCUUGUUCACGCCGUCUCAAGUGUGAAGAAUGAUGUUGUGUACGAGACGAGCCAAGCUCUAAUGGAGAAACUCGCUGUUGAGGCGUUUCAAGUUGCCAUGGUGAAGAGUGUGGCUCGUGUGGUUGAAGGGGAAGCGGGUAAAGUAAUCUGCAAGGAGGCAGAGAGAGUGAAGCCUGCGGCUGUGAUCAUGAGUACACGAGGCCGUAGCUUAGUAAGAAGCAUGCUACAAGGUAGCGUAAGCGAGUACUGUUUCCACAAUUGCCACUCGGCUCCUGUCAUCAUUGUUCCUGGGAAAGAAGCUGGAGACGAAUCGAUUGUAGACUGGACACGAUCAGGAGAUCCAAAACCCUGA